AAACAACCUAUGCAAACAACACAUGUGAACGGCUAAUCUGACGUCUUCACACAGGCAAAAAUGCCACAAAUGGUCAACUGUAACUUCUAAAUAUUCACUCAAAAUGGUUUGGAUCAGUAGGAUUUGUUACCGGAAGUAUGGUAACUUCGUGGACAACCUGCGUUUGUAUGUGCGAGGGGGCAGUGGGGGGAUGGGGCUGCCCCGUCUGGGGGGUCAGGGGGGGAAAGGGGGAGACGUGUGGGUGGUGGCUCAGAAGGAGAUUACUCUGAAAAGGGUCAAGGAUAAGUACCCCCAGAAACGCUUCAUCGCUGGAGUAGGAACCAACAGCAGUGUCCGUGCUCUGAGGGGGCAGAAAGGAGAGGACCAAGAAGUCUUUGCUCCUCCUGGCAUUACUGUCACCAAUGAUGAUGGAAAAGUCCUCGGUGAGCUCAACACUGAGGGAGAUCGUGUGCUGGUGGCCAGAGGAGGUCAAGGAGGCUCCUACCACUCAGAGUUCCUGCCCAGUAAGGGCCAGACCAGACAGAUACGACUGGACCUCAAACUCAUCGCUGACCUCGGCCUGGUGGGGUUCCCCAAUGCAGGAAAGUCCUCUCUACUGACCGCCCUAUCACACGCCAAACCCCAGAUUGCCAGCUAUGCCUUCACCACCCUGAGACCAGAGAUUGGCAAAGUCAUGUAUGAAGACCAUAAACAGAUCUCAGUGGCAGACCUCCCAGGGCUGAUAGAGGGGGCCCACAUGAAUAGAGGCAUGGGACACCAGUUCCUCAAACACGUGGAGAGGACCAGACAGCUGAUCUUUGUGGUGGACGUUUGUGGUUUCCAGCUGGCAAGCAAAACACCCUUUAGGUCCGCUUUUGAGGCCGUUCAACUUUUAACUAAAGAGUUGGAGCUGUAUAAGGAGGAUCUCCCGUGUAAGCCUGCUGUGUUGGUGGUCAAUAAGAUGGACCUGCCUGAUGCAGAGGACAAACUCACAGAGCUGCAGGAGCAACUCCUAAACCCACACGAGUUCUCCCACCUGUUACCCGAAGAUAUGGUUCCUAAGAACAACAUGGUCUUCAGACACGUGGUUCCUAUCUCAGCUGCCACCGGUUUUGGCAUCGCACACCUCAAGACCUUUAUCCGCCAAUCACUAGACGAGGAUGCCUCUAUGGCAACGGAGUCCCUGCACCGUGAUAGGCUACAGGCGCUGAGAGGUGCGGUCCCAGCCAAGAACUCACUCACAUGGGGCCCCACCCCCUCAGUUUGAACUGAACUGUGGAACAUUCAGGGUUAGUACGUUCUGCAGUUUUGAAAAAGGGUUUGAACUUGAUACACGUUCACUCAGCCUGGAACGUUUUCAAUAUUGUGGAAGUCAGGGUGAUGUUCCUACCUAUCAUAUCCUAGGUAGGAUGACUCCUCGACAUUCAUCCUGUCUCUGCACCCUGCUUGAGAUUAUCUAUGGAAAACACUGGCAAUGAUGUCACCCACAGUCAUAACCCAGGCAGGGUGUUGUUCUCCAGCCCUUCCCUUAUGACCAAACUAUGGACAGAGUUAGAGGUCGAGAAAGAGGAGGGGAAGUGCUUUUCAGUGUGUUUUUCUGCUGGAUGUUGUCUCUGACUAUCUGUUUGAUGUAAUAUGUUCCUUUUCCAUCAUGUAGUAAUAAACAUGUUAAUUAAUGCUGCCACCUUAAGGGAAAAUAAACAUACAUACACAGAAAAUAUCGAUGAAAGUUUUAUUUUAUAUUAAAUAUUACAAUACUGAAUGAUAUAAGAAAAGAAAAGAUGUGCAUUGAUUUUUGCAUUGUCAGUCUAUGUACAACAUACGGUGAAAGAAAAGAGCAGUAAUUAUACAGUGCAGUCCCAAAUGAUUGCUAAUCUUUAUGGAGGGUGUCAAUAACGACUGUAUAAAAUAAAUCAUUCAAAUACUGA